GGAACAGCCUGGGAGAGAACUCCCCCAGCCAAACUGAGAUGGCUCUCAUCUACCAAUCAGCAGCCUGGAUACUGGCUGGCCUACUCCUGGCCAUCAUCAUCUUCCUCAUCGUGGCGCUCCUCAUCAACAAGAAAAAGAAGUGGGUGCAGAUGUCCUGCUACAGUGCCCCCAAGAAGACUGUGAUCCUGAAGAAGCAUGUGAAUAAGAACUCGUUGGUGUACAUGGAACCUUCAAAGGAGAACAAGUUCCAGAGCGUGAAGAAUGACUGCAGCAUCAACUUCUCCCCAGAGAUGAGCUCCCCGUGUGUGGAGAGAAUGAGCAUCCCCCGGGCCAAGCUGAGUAUGGGCCAGGGCAGGGGGCAGCGCUAGAUCCCUACAGGCCCCUGACCACCAGCCUCCUAACCGGACCCCCAAACUCUACACCGCUCGCAGGGCUACCCAGUACUUCCUCUUCUCUCUUUCACACAUUUCCAUGGUGAUCGAUCCACAAAACUAUAUAUUGUACUGUACAGCCACACACAUGUCUGGGAUCCCCCUUCUCCCUCUCUCUCUGGCAGUAAAACUGAUGAUCCACAACAAAACACAAAACAUUGCAACUUCCUGUUGCUUUAUCAUACUGCUAUAUCCUGCGUUUGGCGCUUUACUGUGGCCUGGCUGCUGUGGUGGUGAGGAGAGACAGGGGAGGCAGGAGGAUGUGGCCAUUCUGGGACUUUGCCAUACAGUUCACCACAGACAGAAAGACAGCCAGAGAGGCUACUAUUCAGCCAGAGAGCUCUGCACUGUGAACAUGAUCAUUUUUGCUUCUCGCCUCCUCUGGAGCUGGAACAUGAAGCUAAUAGGAGGAGUAUAAAAGCUUUAGGACAGCAGUUUGGGUUCUAGACUAGAGGGUCUCCAGUCUGCUGGUUUCCAUGUGCUGCAGCGCAGCACUCAAUUGAUCAACAAUUGUUUUGGAUGUGAAGCCAAUUUAACUGGUCUUCCAGUUAUAAUCAAAAUUGGAUGGGAGGGAAUAGCAGAUAUAUGGCUAGAUCCAUGACUCUCUCCUCUACGCAGUCAAUGACUGAGCAACAUCAGAACCCAGCAGACUCAGGGAAAAUAGACCCAUACUCCUGCUUUAGAACAUUUGGUAUCCAUGUUAGAUUAUUUUUUGUUGUUGUAUUUCUAUGUGUACUAGUUGUAGUGUAUUUCUUGGUUUUGUGAUGGUCUCCAUGGUGGCAAGAUUAAAACAUUGUAAACACCAGCCUAAACUUUCUCCAUUAACACAGAGGAAGGAUGCUCUUCUCUUCCCACUUACUGUAGUGGUUCCUGUCUGCCUCAAAGAUGACCAAGUCAUUCCAUUCAGAAAACAACCAGCUACCCUGGAGAGAGGGCACAAAUACAGUAUGAGUGAAUGUAAUCUGCCUCAGCCGUGAAGCCAGUGUGUCUGUCUGUAAUACAGUAUAGUCCUUCAUCCUUCUCUACUCAAUAACUCUUAGUCUGGUUUCCUUCAGAAGGAAUCAUCCCAUUGACUGAACUUCAUCAUGUAGAAAUGGCAAUGGACUUCAAGAUGAAGUGGAUUAACAUGAAUUCAGACUUAUUUUAUAGCUUGCAGAUAAGACGACUCGUUACAAGAAACUACAGAAGCAGUGCCAGACCUUCUGGAGUAACUCACGAGGAAUGUCGAUAUACAGUAAGCCUCACUUAUAUAAGUUCAUUUACAGCCGUGCACAAACAAGAGCUACUGUUUCCAGAGAAUGUUAACAUGUGCAUUAGUAGCCUUCCUUUUGCAGCCUUAAAUGUUUAUAAUAUUUCAUUGUUUCUCCUAUAACAUAUUCUAGCCCAAUUCAGUACACUUUGAAGAGUUCAACUGAUGUGCUAUGUAUUCCAUACCCAGGUAACCUGACUGAAGGUCUCCCCAUUCCACCAGUUUAUAACGUAUUACAGUGAACAAAGGCAAGGGGUUCAAGGAGACUGCUAUGAACUGUAAAUAAUAGUACAUUACAACAUCAGAGAAUGUUCAUGAAAAUUAGCACUUUUGUAAGUGUUCAGUGUUUUAAAAAGCUGUGGGGGAGAAUUCCUAGAGGGAUAAAGGCCUAAUCGGGGAUUUGAUAGGCAUAUUUAGCACGUAAUGAUAAACCACUCAAGUUAACAUACUGUUGCAGCACAGUCUUGGCUUAUUAACAAUCAGAUCGAUCUAGUGAAAGAGCUGUGCUUUGGAGCUUUACAAAACAGACUGGGGUUUAAUAAGAAAUCUUUGGGCAUGAUUUCAUAAUUUCAUUGCCACGCUCUCGAUACAAAGACCAUUGUGAUGUCAAAAGUGGGUGGAGACAAAUGUAGAUUUCUAUUGAAGAGUUCUAAAAGUAAUUCUGUCGCUUUGGUUCUGUUUGAAUCACAACCAUGUGCUUUAAAUGAAGUGAAGAUGCGGCUUGUAAAAGCCUACAGUUAUUUGUUUUUCCUAUGUGUAAAAAAGGUAGAUAAAAGUAGUGGACAGAAGAGUACCUUAUUUAUUUUUUCACAUAGCUUUAUUUAUUAAUACUAAUCUAUAGUUUGAGAUGUGUUUUUGGCAAAUGAACUUGGUAGCCAAAGCUGCUGUACAUUUUCGAUAUUGUAAACCAUUUACCAUUUCUAUCUGCUUUGUUAUUCAAGCUUAUUUAUUUUACUUUUGCAAACUGUAAAUACAUUUUUCUUAAAUGUUGAAAUGUAACAUUUACACUUAUUUUGAAAAAAUAAAAUGUGUGAACAAAAAUGC